CAUCAGCCCACGCUUACAUGAAACUCUGUUGUGUUGAGAAUGUGACGGCCAUCUGGGCUCCAGCAGGAGGACACCAGCCCUGCCGAGCCCUCGUCGAUCUUGCAGUGCCAGUCCGGCUGUUCCAGAGACCAGACCUGAGGAGAGAGAGAGAGACACAGAGAUCAAUGAGAGUCCGGAAUACGGAGAGAAACUUUCCGACCCGCAACUAUGAAGGACUGGCGCUGGAUCCCGCUACAGAAAGUGAUCUAUCCUUUGUCUGACUCCCCCUCGGUGAAGAUGUCCCAUUCUUCUCCGGCUGAUGAAGGGACGACUUUUGAGCACCUCUGGAGUACCCUGGAACCGGACAGCAACUAUUUUGACCUGCCUCAGUCAACAACCCACUCCAACACGGAGGUGACCAACCGGACAGAGGUCAACAUGGACGUCUACCAGAUGAGGAACAUGAACCAGUCGAUCAUGUCUCAGUUCAAUCUGCUGAACAACACCAUGGAUCAGAGCAUUGGUAGCCGAGCAGCUUCCACCAGUCCGUACAACCCAGAGCACAACUCGAAUGUCCCCACACAUUCUCCCUAUUCGCAGCCCAGCUCCACCUUCGACGCCAUGUCGCCCGCGCCGGUCAUCCCCUCCAACACAGACUACCCGGGACCCCACAACUUUGAGGUCACCUUUCAGCAAUCCAGCACUGCAAAGUCAGCCACAUGGACGUACUCACCUUUGUUAAAAAAGCUGUACUGCCAGAUUGCCAAGACAUGUCCUAUCCAGAUCAAAUUGUCCAGCCCCCCUCCACCGGGCACCGUGAUACGGGCAAUGCCAGUGUAUAAAAAGGCCGAACAUGUGACGGAGGUUGUCAAACGUUGCCCCAACCAUGAACUGGGUAGAGACUUCAAUGAAGGUCAGUCGGCACCUGCAAGUCACCUGAUUCGUGUGGAGGGCAGUAACCUAUCCCAAUAUGUAGAUGACCCCGUAACCGGAAGACAAAGCGUCAUGGUCCCUUUUGAGCCUCCACAGGUGGGAACAGAGUAUACUACCAUCCUGUACAACUUCAUGUGUAACAGCAGCUGUGUCGGAGGGAUGAACAGAAGACCGAUCCUCAUCAUCAUCACCCUGGAGACCAGAGACGGACAAGUAUUAGGCCGGAGGUCAUUUGAAGGUCGGAUCUGUGCAUGUCCUGGCCGAGACAGGAAGGCUGAUGAAGACCACUUUCGGGAACAGGCAGCAUUAAACGAGAAUGCAUCAAAAAAUGGAAACAGCAACAAGCGCAGUGAGUGUACGAUAACAGCUUGCAAGCAGAGUCCUCCAGGAGUAACAUCAAUAGGGGCAAAUAUGAAGAAAAGACGGCAUGGGGAGGAGGAAAUCUACUAUGUGCCUGUCCGUGGUCGUGAGAACUUUGAAAUCCUGAUGAAAAUUAAGGAGAGCCUGGAACUGGUGGAGCUGGUGCCGCAGCAGCUGGUGGACUCAUACAGGCAGCAACAGCAGCAACUUCUGCAGCGACAUGCACACAUCCAGUCCCAAUCAUCGUACGGUCCGGUUCUUUCACCGAUGAAUAAAGUUCAUGGCGGAAUGAACAAAUUGCCAUCAGUCAACCAGUUGGUGGGACAUCCCAAUCAGCACAACUCAAACAACGCUCCCGGGAUGAUGCAGAUGGGUUCUGGGAUGGUGAACAACCACUCCAUGCAAUCGAACGGAGAAAUGAAUGGAGCUCAUUCAUCGCAGUCCAUGGUGUCAGGAUCACAUUGUACUCCCCCACCACCGUAUAACGCAGAUCCCAGCUUAGUCAGUUUUUUGACAGGACUGGGGUGUCCAAACUGCAUCGAAUAUUUCACAUCACAAGGGUUACAGAAUAUUUACCACCUGCAGAACCUAACUAUGGAGGAUCUAGGAGCCCUGAAGAUUCCAGAACACUACAAAGCCAUUAUCUGGCGUGGAAUCCAAGAGUUGAACAAAGGUCACGACUAUGGCGGCCAACAGCUAAUACGCUCGAGCAGUAACGCCUCCACCAUUUCCAUCGGCAGCUCCGGAGAGCUUCAGCGCCAGCGCGUCAUGGAGGCCGUACAUUUCCGCGUGCGCCACACCAUCACCAUUCCCAACCGGAACGGCGCUGACGAAUGGGCGGACUUUGGUUUCGAUUUACCCGACUGCAAAGCGCGCAAACACUCCAUCAAAGAAGAGUUUGCUGAAUCCGAUAUCAACUAAAAACGACGCUCUGCUUGUUGAAAACCAGGCCAACCCGGAAAAAAAUAAAUAAAAAAAAUGAUUGCCCUUUUUUUUGGUGAACCCAAAAAACAAAAAUGGCGGAACUGCAGGCAGCCAUAUUUCAAAAUCGGCCAUCGGUCUGGUAGUGGCGGUCGGCGUUUGCACACAGCUAGGUGGUUUUUCACCAAGGGCCAGCUUUGCAAGGAACAUCAAAGUCAGUUGUUGCUUAAAUUUUCACAAAACUAAUUUUAAUGGAGCGAGUCGAAAAUGGAGGUGCGAUGCGGUUGGUACCCAAUAACACAAAACACACUUGUUUUAUUUAAACUACAGUCAACACCCCCUGAGCGGGUUGGGAGAUCAGCCGGUCUGACACAUAAAAAAGGUCAGCCAUUGGCUGGUACAGAAAACACUUUGACGGGACAAAAAAAAAAGAAAAGAAGUGUGCUGAACUGCCAAAAAAGUAUUUUCUCCUUUUUAUCCAUGUCCUUUUUAGUUGUGCUUGUGACGUUUAAUGAGUUUUAAAAACAAAACAUGUUUUAAGUAAAACAUGAUUUGGAGCUACAGAACUGCGCCGAAAAUGGUGUAUUUAAAAAAAAAA